AUGAUUUGGAACAAGUUGAAGUCAUGGCUCAAAAAGAUUCAGGUUGAGCAGGACCCUGGGUUGACAACGGCACAGCUAAUGUUGACAAACGACGACCUUCGUCCAGCCUUUGCAAAUUCUGGAAGGCUCCCUGUCAUUUCAUUGUCACUUACUUUGGAGUUUUUUACUUUAGUCGACCCUGAUCGUCGUCAAUGGGGAUGGCUCAAUUUCGUUGCAUUUUGGAUUGCAGAUUCUUUGAAUGUCAACACCUGGAUGAUUUCGUCCUCCAUGAUCGUAGAUGGCCUCUCUUGGUGGCAAGCCUGGUUAUGCGUCUGGAUCGGCUAUACUAUUUCGGCUAUCUUCGUAUAUCUCAUAGGUCGCAUUGCCACGAUCUAUCGCAUUCCAUUUGCGGUCACCAACCGCGCUUCAUUUGGAAUUUGGGGCUCAUUUUGGCCGAUCAUCAACCGUGCAGCAAUGGCUGUCAUUUGGUACGGGGUACAGACUUAUCUCGGAGGCGAAUGUAUCACUUUGAUGAUUGCCGCUAUCUGGCCCAGCUAUGACGAUUUGCCAAACACAAUCCCUGCUUCGUCGGGUGUCACGACCAAGCAAUUUGUAAGCUUUUUGCUGUUCUGGCUACUCUCUCUGCCAGCCCUAUGGUUUCCUAUCUACAAGAUUCGCCAUCUUUUCACGGUCAAGGCAUACUUCUCCCCCGCUUGUGCCAUCGCCUUCUUUGGAUGGGCGAUUGCUCGGGCCCAUGGCCUCGGUCCGAUCAUAACGCAGCCGAAUACCGCUCAAGGCAGUGAUCUAGCAUGGGCGUUCGUCAAAAGCAUCAUGAACUGCAUUGCAAACUUUGCCGCCCUGGUCAUCAACAACCCAGACUUCGCCAGAUAUGCUCGCAAACCCAAAGAUGCCUUCUGGCCGCAGUUGAUUACCAUCCCCGUCGGCUUUGCGGUCACCUCGUUUAUCGGAAUCAUUGUUUCCUCUUCUUCCAGUGUGAUCUUUGGUGAGGCCGUCUGGAAUCCGCUCACGCUUCUGGGUAUGUUUUUGAAGGGGGCCAGUUCAGCUGAACGGUUUGGUAUCUUUGUCAUUGGGGCGGGCUUUGCUUUGGCCCAGUUGGGAACCAACAUUGCCGCCAACUCGGUAUCUGCUGGUACCAAUCUGACGGCUCUUCUUCCGCGGUUCUGCACGAUUCGACGAGGUGGAUACAUAUGCGCCGCAAUUGGCCUUGCCAUGUGUCCUGUAAGCUCGCGUGUGAGGCAACUAGGGAGUAUCUUACUGACGUCUGGCUACAGUGGACUCUUGUGGAAUCGUCCAGCAAGUGUGAUGGCUAGUGACUACUAUCUCGUUCGCAAAGGCUAUCUCGACAUACAAGCGCUGUACAGCGCUGAAAAGGGCAGUAUAUACUAUGGCACAUUUGGAGUGUCAUGGCAUGGCUAUGCGGCCUACCUUUGUGGGAUUUUGAUCAACAUUGUUGGCUUUGCUGGUGCCGUGGGUGUUGAUGUCCCCGUUGGAGCAAAGUACAUAUACCAGGUCAACUACUUCUCCGGGUUCAUUGUGGCCGGAGGGAUCUAUUGGUUGUUGGCCUACUUGGUUCCGGUCCCGGGAACGAGUGAUACUUGGAAUGAGAUUCCAUACGAGCCACAUCACAUGUCUGAUGCAGAAGAAAAGAACAUUGAAGACGUGUGA